AUGGCCGCCACGACGCUAACUCGUGCGUCCGGCAUUGGUCGAGUGAAGAGCAUCACUCAGGUGGGCGACACCGAGGCUAAGGUCUUUUUGGACAAUGUACUGUACGUGGAAGGCGCGUCGCACGGACUGUUCGCGAUGCAUCUCGCAAUUACCAAGCAGAAGUUCGAAAUCUCGUACGAUCGUGCAGCAUCGACAUUCAGUGAUUACAAAAAUGGGGAGCAGUUGAUCUUUGCUGUUCCUCGCGAAAGAACUUGGGUGUUUGAGGCGAAGCGUCCAGCGGAUGCUCCGCGACGCCCAGGUGUACCGCGCGUGAUCGUCAAUAACACGAUUGCGGGCGGUGUGGCCACACUCGAGCAGUGGCACAACCGGACUGGACACACGAGUGUUCAGUAUCUCAAAUCAUGGUGGAUCGUGUACUCGUGCGCGGCAUGA